AUGUCGUCGACGGACAAGCUGGUGAUUCCGGCCUACAAACAGAGCUCCGAGCGGGAGUUCAACGAGUGGUUCCGCAACCUGCGGACCGCGGCGAAGCAACACAAGUACCUCCUCGACAUCAUCGAGGUGGGCACCAUCCGGCCGGGCGCGGAGCGCGAGGCCGAGGCGGUCGCGCUGCACGUGCGCUACAAGAACAUCGGCACUGCGGACGGCCUCAUCCCGGCCAUGAUCGACAAGUUCUUCAAGGACCUGUCGGUGACUCUGUCGCGCCAACUCUACGGUGCGCUGCAGAACGCCGUCAAGGACGACGACACGCUCGCCGAGAUGUUGGCGGACGAGGACGCCGACCACUACGACGACAUCAAGAAGGGCAUCGCGGCGAUCAAGUCGCUCAUCGAGUCGGAGGACACGAACUCCAAGAACGUGCGCACGAAGGCGCUGCGCGCGGAUCUCGAGAAGGCGUACUCCCCCGACGCUCUCAAGGACCUCACGUCCGCGAGCCUCGCCAAGUUCAAGACGGGCAUCGAGCAGGCGAACAAGUUGCUCAAGGACUCCCAGUGGCACCUCCCCGACGAGGUGAUCGAGGAAUACAUCCUCGACGCGAUCGCCGCCAAGGGGGCCACGCUCGGCGCAAACAUGCGCGUGCAGAUCGGCAUACAGCGCCAACUCGCCGCGCAAUCGGGCAAGACGUACGGCCUCAAGGCGUCCACGCUCGCGAUGCAGGGCAUCCUCGACCAAGACAACGCGGACCGCGCCAACGAGGCCAAGGCGGCUGCGCAGGCGGCGUUCGAGGCGGAGAUUGCCUCGCAAGGCGUGCUCAAGGAGAAGCUCGCGGCCGCCGAGUCCCAGGUCGCCGCUCUCCAGGCGCAGAUCAAGUCCGACAAGGGCGGCGGGGACCGCGGCGGCCGCGCAGCCGCUGGGCGCAAGCCGUGCCCCCACUGCAAUGGGUUGCACGGUGGCAAGUGCAUCGGCGACCUCAUCUGCAAGGGGGUCCCUGUCGCCAAGGUGCUCGAGGAACUCCCCGACCGCAUCGACCACGAGACGAAGGUGCGCAUGGCCCAGUCCUCGUACAAGAAGGUGUGCGCCAAGUCCCCCGGCCGCACCCUCCCGCACGACCCCUUCAAGAAGUCGGACUCCACCGCGACCGACCACGAGGAGGUGCGGGCGGCGCUGGCCGACUCUGUCACCCGCACGUUCGACCCGGACGGCAUCGUCGGCGGCUUUGUCGCUGGCGUCGGCACCGACCAGGUCGAGGACACCUUCCCCGACUCCAACCCCACCGACACGCCCGCCAUCCUCAAGGCCAAGACGGCGGCGCGCAAUGCGGCGGAGGCACGGGCGCGCGGCGGGCUGUGGGUCAAGUUCACCUCGUUCGUCACCGCGCUGCCUCGCCCGUACAUCGGCGCUUCCAUCCUACUCGUCCUGCUCGCGUGCCUCAUCCCGGUCUACAUGGGCUCGCCUGCCUCGAUCGGCACGCCUGUGGCCGACGUCGUGGACGAGCCCUCGAACAUGGGCGUGAUGGUCGAGUCCGUCACCGCACUACCCCUCGAGCUGUCCACCGGGCCGGCGACUGGCUCAGGUGGCGGAGCAGAGUACGCCAUCGAGGAGGACCCGCUCCAGCCGAUCUACCGCAAGGUCGCGGGCGACAUGUUCCGCGCGGUGAAUGACAUCGACGUGCCCAAGACGGUCCCGCUCGUCCUCUCGUACACGUGCAUCAUGCUCGCCAUGUACGUGGCGCGCAUGGACGCGAUGCAGGCACACGCGCUUGUCGGGCAUGUCAAGGUCGUCGACGCGUACGACACGACCGCCGGUGUGAACAUGCCGGGAUCGUAUGCCGCUGGCGUCGACUCCAAGGCGGGCAUGAACAUGUUCCCGACGCCCGACUACUUCCCUCACGGGUGGCGCGAGCCCGAGAAGCCCAUCUACAUCCGCUGCGCAAACAACGACUACCUCAAGGCGAAGGGCGUCGGCACCGCGUACGCCUUCGCGCUGGCUGACCCGACCAAGCCGCAGGACACCAAGGUUGUGAACACCGAGUGGGUGAACGCGCUGUACGCGCCCGGACUCGCCAUGCCUCUCGUCAGCGUCAAGGAGUGCAAGGCGCAGAACAUCGUGGUCCGCUUCGACCUCUGCCCACCACGCUUCAACUACCCCUCCGGGCAGACCAUCUACUUCGGGGAGGACUUCAACAUCCACCUGAUGCCGCUCGGCGCAUCCGUCGGCGCCAACGCCGCCAAGGCCAUCGUGCGCGGCAAGCCGGGGCGGCGCCCGACGGAUGGCACCUUCUGGCGGCACGCCCUGUGCAUCUCCGGCGACGCGCUAAAGGACCUCAGCAAGAUCGCGGACGGCGUGCCAGACCUCUCCAAGAUGGACCGCAACGAGGGCCUCGACGACGCCGCGCUGCAGGCGAACGCCAAGUACCACGCGCGGCGCAGCACCGGCCGGCCACUGGCCACUCGCUUCGGGGGCUCCGUCUGGGUGGCCCUUCACUGGAGCCAAAUCGACGGACUGCACUGGCUGUGGGUCCCCUCGGCUGCCGCCGUCGGGCUGCACAAGUGGCGGAGGCACGGUCUUGCGGCCGCGCGCGACGAGGUCUGCGGCGCGAUCUACGACUUUCUGCGGCCGGCGGCGGCCUGCCUCCGCGCGUGGCACGACCCGAGUUGGCGCGAGUCGUACCAGCGGCUGAUGCUGGCGCUCAACACCGCCAGCUGCCACUUCACCUCGUAUGGCCCGGUGUGCAAGACGACGUGGAUCCUCGCCUGCGCGCCGUACAAGCACGGCGUGCUAGCGGUGUGGGACCAGGCCGAGCACUUCAGCGGCGGCGUCCCGCCAGCACUGCUCGCCGGGUGGCUGCUCGCCCUCGUCGUCACCUGGCAGUGCACCGUCGUCGCAAACAACCUGUCGCACCACCGCUACUACGCCCACCGCUCGUACGACACCUCCCGCCCCGUCGCGCUCGCCCUCGGCGCGCCCCGGCUGCGCCACCAAGCUCGAGGCCCCGGAGCCUCCCCGACCCUUCCCCGGCCCCCUCCUGCAGGCGUGCUCGGUUGCGCCGCCACCCAGCGAGGCCCGCUCUGGUGGUCCUCCAACCACCGGCGGCACCACCGCUUUUGCGAGACGGCGGAGGACCCGCACAGCCCCGCGCAGCAGGGGGUGGUGUACGCGCACUGCGGCUGGGUCUGCGACCGCGUAAACUUCCCCAUCCGGCCAGAGUACUGCGGCGAGUGGCUCGAGCGGCCAGAGCUGCUGCUGCUCGACGCGAACGUCGAGCUCGUCUCGUCGCGGCUGCGCGGCUGGCUCACGCGCGGCGUGCUGCGCCUCCUUGUCUGGUGCGCCGCCGCGGCUGGUGCGCCGCCGAGCUUGCGGCUGCAGUACCUCACGCGCUACACGACCGACACGCAGCUGCUCGCGCUCUCGCUCUCGCUGCAUUGGUCGAGCUUCGUCAACUCGAUGUGCCACGACUGGGCGCCCGCCCCCUCGUGCGGCGGCGGCGGCGGCGGCGGCAAGGGCCCGUGCGUCGGGCUGAGCAUACCUUGGGUCGGGCUGCUCUCGGGGGGCGAGGGCUUCCACAGCCGCCACCACCAGAACGCGCGCAACGCGAGGCACGCCGAGCGCGCGCUGCUCGACCCCGUGUACCUCGUGACCUGCGCGCUCGAGCGGCUCGGCCUCGUGUGGAGCGUGCAGCGCCAGGAGGCGGCCGGGGAGGCGAGGGCGGGGCAGCGGGCGGACUUGAAGGCGGACUGA